AUGUUCAAAAUGCAUUUGAUUAUGUGCUUUAAAUUUUAGAUAAAUAAUCACAUAUAAAUUGAAUAGGGCUAAACAAAAAAGGUUUAAGANUAGAAACUACCUAAAAGCUAAAUUAUAAGUGAUUACUUAAGAAAUAGAAUAUUAAAAACAAUUGAAAAAUAUUGUGUUGCAUUAUCUUAAUUUUUUGAUAACACCCUUAAAAUUUUAUCUAAAUAAUAAGUAGAGGCAAUAAUGAAAUAAAUGGGAAAAUUAUUAGAUUUAGUCAAUAAAAUAGAUAAGGAAUCAUCUUUUGAAUGGUAUACCAAUUAUAUUUAAACUUGUGAAUAAUUGGCCAAAGUUCUUUCAAUCUAACAUGAUAUAAUAACGCGUAGCAAUAAUUUCAUAAAGAUAUAUAAAUAUUAUUCCUAAUUUUGUAAUCUUAUCUAGGGAUAUGAGGACCUAAAAAUUUUAUAGAUAAUCGCUAAAGAUUAACUAAAGAAUAUGAAUAAUUAUAUAAGCAUGAAUUUAGAACUUUUAAAAACAAAACAAAAUUUUGAUUCUAGAAUUACUUAACUUGAAGAAGAUAAAUAACAGCUUAAAUCUAAAAUGAGUGAAUAGGAUAUAAAGAUUAAAAAUUAUUAAUUUUAAAUUAAUCACCUUGAAGCUUCAAACUCCUAAGUUAAAGAUCUUUAUAUUUAAUUAGAGAAAGAAAAAAAAAUAAAGAGUUCUUUAAAUGAUUAAAUAAUAGAAUUUUAAAAUACAAUCAAUUCUAUGAACGAAAAUUUUUAAGAGACAAUCAAUAAAUUGAGUAAUUAAAUCAGAUUCUUAUAAAAUAGAGAACCUGAAGUCAUAACGAAGUGGAUUUGUUAGAUAUUUUGA